UUUCUUUAUGUCCCCCUUGUUAUGACAGGUUACUGGAACAUUAGGUACGAAGUUUCCGUCAUGCACAAAGACUUCAGCUUCAUUCAGCUUGCCGGAGUACAAGUCUAGCAAGGUACUGGUCUCAUUGUCUGACGAUCUUUUUGUUUCGAAAUACUCCUUGAACUGGUGUUCUUGUUACGAAAUCUGCCAUAGAAAAAAUAACAACAAAAUAAAAGAAAUUUCUGUUGCCGAAAUUGCUCACCCUUUCGAUGCUGCAUGCUGAUCACAUCUAAUUCAAACUAUAAAUCAACUCACUCGUCUUGGUUUCACAGCUCCGGUUUCAAACACGCCAAGAAUAUGGUGCCGCAGCUGUGUCUGUUUCUCUGUGCCAGUCCCCUGCAAUCAACCUUUCAGCAACCGUCGGUAGUGCAAGCUUUGUCAUCGGUAUGGAGGCAGAAUACAAAACCGCUUCCAGCACUUUCUCCAAAUGUAAUGCAGGCAUUAGCAUGAAGAGUCUCAAUUCUGAUGCUUCAAUAAUUCUGGGAAACAAGGGUGGCUUGGUAACAGCAUCGUACGUUCAUUAUCUUGAUCAAGAAAAGAAGAAUGCAGCAGUGGUGGAGUUCACUCAGAACCUCUCAACAAAGAGAAGCACCUUGACAGUUGGAGGAUCGUGCAUGGUUGAUCAUCAAACAGUGGUGAAAGCUAGACUCGAUGGUAGCGGAGAUGUUAAGACUCUUCUGCAGUACAGUAUUAGACCCAAGUCGCGCUUGUCUAUCUCCGGCGAGUUCAACACCAAGGCACUUGACAGGAUUCCUAAAAUUGGACUGGCACUUUCUCUUGCCCCUUAAACAAUUUCGCAAUAUUCAUAUGCAACUGAUGCAAUUAUUAGAUAGAUGUUUCUACUGAUAUAAGUUUUUCUAGAUCUGUAUGAUUCUAUCAGUUUAGAAAGCUGCCGGUUCAACAGGUCUAGUGCUAGUGUUUCAAAGCAAUCUGCAUCUGAAAUUCGAAAUCAUUUCAGCGACAACCGAAGGAUUUUACUUAUAUGAUCUAGUUGCACACUGGCUGGGAAUUCCCAAAAAAUAAAUCUUGACACACUUACAAAUCAACUCCAAACUAGUAUUGCAUCUCCCACUGAUUUUAUCUAAUGGCUUGGAACUUCUUGUUCCCGUCUACUCAGUAGUUUAUGGAGCAGCAUCCACUUUUUGUUUUUCGCUCUAUCCAGUUUAACCUGCGCCAUAGAAGUUCUCCGUCGCUUGAGAGCAGACUUGAACGCAGAGGGAUGUUCAGCAAAAGCAUGAAAAUCUUCCGCUUUAGAUCCGCGCACACCAGCUCAAUAAAAUCAAUGUGUAUGGAGAACAUUUCUAUUUCAGUACUACAGCCAUCACAUUCAGCAGUCUGCAAAUGUAUUAGUAACAACAGGUUGUGCGGUCCAAUGGUCACUUUGGAGAUUUGAACCUGGUGCACCAUUUGAUCAGUAGCGCUUCAACACUGGCAUCCAUUCGGGUCCCGAUUCCUCCCCAGACCAGCAUAUGGGCGAAGUCUCCAAAUGUCGAACCAGUUACUUCAUGUACAGCCUUGAAUCCGAUUCUUGAAUAGAACCGCACAAGCUGAACAAAAAAAUUAGACGCUUCACCAUUUUGCUAUUUGUGUUAUGAGAGUAUAAAACGGAAAGGGAAAUAUGCACAAACAGAACCUUUUACAAACCGUCAAUAAGAAGUAGAGCUUCUUCACUACGUCAACUGUAAACAGAAAAUAAAAGGACGAACCUUGUGGUGGUAAAUAUCGGAGUCAUUGAUAGCCAGCAGCUCAGCCGUUCCGCAACCGCAAUCGUAUCCAUACCGAACGGCAACAGCUCCAAGAAACAAACCGAUCCCAAAUAUCGACUUCUCCAUCCCCAGAGUCUCUCUCUUGAGUCUGAUGGACUCCAAGUGAAGGAUCCUCCCUUUCAGCCAGACCCUUAUGAGCCCCUCGGCCUUUCCGAGCUCUUUCUUCGUCCCCAAGCUUCUGG